AUGGAAGAUCAAUUAAGAUCUGCAUACCAGAGCAAUGCAAUCAGUUCUUUUUCGUCAUAUGCUGGACAUAACCGUGGCUAUUAUUAUUCCACAAAACACAACGACAGUAUAAGCUUGUUAUCACCAUCAAAUGGAACUGAAAUUACUGCAAGUGCAACAACAGCUGAAACACAUGGUAUACCUAGUAAUGGACGUCGUAUUGAACAGUGUUAUAAAUUAUUAAGUGAUUGUGAUGUUCAAAUGCGUCGCGUACGUCGUGUCAAAAAUAAUAUAGAAAAAAUACAUUUUUUUCGGCGUUGGAAAAAUCAUCAUAUUAAUUUUGACCAAAGUGAAAUAACUUCAACAAAAAAUCAACAAUAUAUGGAUAAGUCAAUAGCUUAUUCAAUCAUUGAAAAUAUAUCUGUAUGGUCGAAAUCCAAAUUAAUUUGUUGGCAUGACCGAUUUGGUAUAAGAAUUGUUACGAAUAAUCAUAAUUAUUUUUUUCGAGUUAAUACACUUGAUUUAAGAGACCAGUUGUUCUAUUCCAUACAAUGGAGACUAAAUAAAUUUAAAUUUGAACAUAUUUUCCGUUCAGCUGAUAAUCCAGAAGAACUAUUAAAAGAAAUUAGGAAUAUGAUCAAUAUAACAAUGACAACACCAAUUGAAGAUAGUGAAAUUCAUCCUUUUGUACUUGACAUUAUUUCUGAAAUUCUGCAACAACAAGAAUUUGAUUCAUCACGUUUGGUCCGUGAGGAUGUGAUUGCAGCACUAUCACCAUUACUUGAAAUAAAUUAUCCAUCACCAGAAAUGUGUGAUUUUUUUAGUCGAAAUUUUAGUGCAUAUCCACGAAUAAAAUUACUGCUUCAAGAAUAUUUUCUUGCGCUUAAUUCUCAGAAUGAUGGUUUACUUGUUGUAGAAGAUUUUAUUAAACGAUUAUUCAAAAAUGUGGUUAAGAAUCUUGUUGAAGAUACACGAUGUGAAGUUCAUCGAACAGUGUUAGGUAUUCGUGAAGGUAAAGACGGAUGGUUUGAAAUGUUUUGUUUGGAUGGUAUUGUUUGUGAUGAUAAUGGUGAAAUGUUUUCAUUAAUGCUUAGUAAAUUAAUUUCAUGUUGUUGUCGUCAAAAAGAUUUCUUAUUAAGUAUUAAUAAAUUAUUACCAUCUUUAAUGUUACUUGCAUUACAUGAAAGUGAAAGUUCAUUAAAUACUUUAUGUGCAAUGCUUGAUUUGGAUGCAGUUGAAAAUCAUGAUAAUAAGUUACAAUUAAUAUCAACACUGGAAUCGAUGCCAAGUGGGUUAAAAAUGUAUGCAAAAGUAUGUGAAAGACAGAGAGCAUUACAAGCAUUACAACAGAAAGAUGGACCAAGAGACUUAACAUUACCAUCAUGUUGGACUGAUAAUGAUUUCGCAAGCUUAUUAUCAUCAGGUCCAUUUGGUAAUCUUGAAUCUUUAAGCUUAGCAUUUACGAAUGUCACAAGUGCUUGUGCUGAACAUUUAAUUAAAUUACCAGCAUUAAAAUAUAUAAAUUUAUGGUCAACACGAUUUGGUGAUGCUGGUUUAGAAUUAAUUUCCCAACAUUUAAAUCAAUUAGAAGUACUUAAUUUAAGCGAAACAUCAGUGACGGAUAAAGGACUUACUUAUUUAGCAAAGAUGAAAAUGUUACGAAAACUUUAUUUAAAUUCAACAAAUUUAUCUACUUUAGCGAUUCAAGCUUUAAAAGUAUAA